AUGGGCGGUAAGGAGGAUCAAUCUCAGCAGCCGGUAAGGAAGCGUAACCGUUUAACGGUCGUUUGCUCAAAUUGCAGAAGACGUAAGAGCAAAUGUGAUAGACAGACUCCCUGUGGUAACUGUGUGCGGUUGGGUGAUAAGGACACUUGUGUUUAUAUUAAAGAAGCCAAAGGUGACAGAAAUUCAAUGGAUUUACGGAUCACUAAGAAACUGCCGACAAGUAAACGUAAAAAUUCUGUGACGAACACCAAAAAGUCAGUGAGUUUUGAUAGUGUGCAAGAAUAUGUGCCAGAAUAUAUCAGUUUGAUACCCAAUGGACGAUUUAUUGAGGUGAAGAGGUCUACUAUGACAAUAUUUUCUCUUUUGACUGAUAUUGCAAUCGAACAUCGUGAUCCUUAUUUAAAAUCUCUGAUAACUUUCCGGAUGAUUGCUAUUGAAAUGACCGUCAAAAGGUUAAGAGGUAAUAAGGAAGAAGCUAAUUCCAACCCGAGUCUUCCUCAGUCGUUCGCACCGCUGUCAAUUUUCGACUCCGACGGAGAUCCUCUGUCAUCCGAGGGCUCAUUUAAACAACAUCAGUUAAUCCACAAAUCUCUUUUCGAUAAGUUUGGCAAGUAUAGAAAGGACGACUCUGCUAAAUUCGACGAAAGAGAGGAUUUCAUUGGUGAUAAUUUACCUCCUGCAACAGUUUUCUUCGAAGAUAUUUUACCCUUUUUCGAGAAUUAUAUCUUAAGCAUAGCUCCUAUCUUUAGCAUGGAAUUGCUGAAACAUGAAAUUAAUGAGUUUUACAAGUCUUGGGACUCUACACGGAAGCUUUCCAUCAAAGGAUUCGACCACAUUGUUUACUGUAUUGUGUUAUUGAUAACCAAAUUAUGCCAACUGUCCAUAAACUUCUCAAAGUACUCCUCCAAGUUACAAUCUCGAAUUCAAACUUUGAAUACAAACAAAUACAUCGCCAUUGUUAACCACUUUUUGUUUGAAAUGAAAACAUUGCGAAAAUGUACUUUAAUGCAGCUACAAUGUCUUCUUCUCUUGCGACUAUAUCAUUGGUGCGGACCUGAAGAUGGUGAUGGAGAAGUACUUCAGCAUGGUCAGAUUCUUCUCGGUACAAUAAUCUCGAGCUGCAAGGAGAUGGGGAUAACGUGGCUGUCAUUGUUGACUCCCGAUGACUAUUUUUUCAAAUUAGAUCCGGCAUGUAGGCCUUCACCAGCAAUAAUGAGCAGAGAUGAUUACAAGAAAAUUCUGGGAAUGAUAUGGAGUUUUGUAUUGUAUUGGGAUAGGAAAAUGUGUCUUAUCAAUGGGCAGGAAUGCUACAUUGAGAAAUCAUUUGCAUAUCAUGCGUCGGAUCCUGAUUCUACCUGGCAUCAAAGAAUGACAAUGCUAGACGUAUCGAUAUACAGAAUCAACAACCUAUUAAAUGAUAUGCCUGGCGAGGUUGAUGCCAAGAUGUUGGACCAAGAGAUCAAUCAAGCACUCGAAAUGUUCGAACAAAUAAAGCCGGAGCAAGAUGCACACAUGAACCUGGAAUUUGAACUAAUGAUACAUUUAUGCCAUGUAACGAUUUUGCACGCAAAAAUGGUGUACUACGAAUACCAAAUUGAUGUGGACCACUUCCAUGAAGCUAUACAGGCUUUGUGGGAUCAAAUAAUACUUCUUACUCAGAUCUGCUACAAAUACUGUAAUGAUGAUGACCCAAAGUUUGAUCCGUUCACGAGAUUUUAUACCAACAAAAUCGUCGGGAUUGUUCUAAACAGGAUAUGCGUUCUAAUACCAGCCAUGAUUUUACGAUUAAACCGAUUUCCGCAGUUCGGAUUCACAGAAAGGAAUCUCAUGGUCAAAUUUCUAUUUGGCAUCUCAUCCAUGUACUUCAACGAAUUUGGGUUUGACUACUAUCGGUGCUUUAAAAAGAUGUUCACAGCGAAAAUCAGUUACAAGAUUUUGAACAGACCAGCGGAGAAAGAGCCCUGGCAAAUUAUCCUACAUUUCCUGCUGCAUGACUUGGAAAAGAUUAGAAAUGGAAAAAAAAUGGAUGACGUCGAUAUAGUAAGGAGAAUCCCAUUACUAGUUGAUCUCCAGGAAACGCUAAGGAAACUACCAGACGAUGCCGAUGUUGAUGUCCUGGAGACAUGGAAUAGCACUAUCUAUCCUAUCGGGAAGCUCAGUGAAAGUUUCGUCCUUGAUUUACAUCCAGAUCAGUUGCAAUUUUUGUUAAUUGAUCGUUACGCCAAUUCCUUCAAUAUAUUUGCGUCCUUCUACGAUCAUGCAAGUUCACGUUUGGCUGACAGUGCGGAAGAUGCCAAUGCCGAACUAAACAUUCCAUCUUCACAAAAUCAAUGGGCAUCGACGCCAAAUAUUGGGCUCUCGAAGAUAGGUCUCCCGCAAAACGGAACGGGAUAUGCACCGACGACUAAUUCUGAUCUGGAACUUGCCAAUUUUGAGCUGAUUCAAGAAAUGUUCGAGCCACUGGACUUUAUAUCCUUCUUCUGA